AUGGGGUCAAUGGGGUCAGGGGGGUUGUGGGGUCAGGGGGGUUAUGGGGUCAAUGGGGUCAGGGGGGGUUGUGGGGUCAGGGGGGGGUUGUGGGGUCAGGGGGAGGUUAUGGGUCUAUGGCGGUUAUGGGGUCGGGGGGGUUAUGGGGUCAGUGGGGUUAUGGGGUCAAGUUGUGGCGUCUAUAGGGUCAAUGGGGUCUCAAUGGGGUCAAUGGGGUCGUUAUGGGGUCUAUAUGGGGUCAGUGGGGUUUCAAUGGGGUCAGUGGGGUCUCAGUGGGGUCAAUGGGGUUUAAAUGGGAUCAAUGGGGUCUCAAUGGGAUCAAUGGGGUCUUGAUGGGGUCAAUGGGUUUUCAAUGGGGUCCGGGGGGUCUCAAUGGGGUCACUGGGAUCUCAAUGGGGUCAAUGGGUUUUCAAUGGGGUCAAUGGGGUCUCAAUGGGGUCAUUGGGGAUCAAUGGGGUCUCAAUGGGGUCAGUGGGGUCUCAGUGGGGUCAGUGGGGUCAGUGGGGUCAAUGGGGUCUUGAUGGGGUCAAUGGGGUUUCAAUGGGGCCGGGUGGGAGAUGCUGCGCAGCGGGCAGAUAA